AUGGUGGUGGCGCCAACAUUGUCAAGUGCUCUGGCCCCAACCCCAGAGCGUGAGAGCUGUAACACUGACCUCUAUGGAGAGCUGUCAGCUGCUCCACACCUGAUCCCGGAGGAGGAGGAUCAGCCUAAAGAUACUAAUGUAUCUGCUGAAGAUAACGACCCUCAGAAGACGGAAAAGCUGACUGACCUAUCCUCAGCAUCAGUGACCUUGAAGAAGGCCAAGUCCUCAGAAAACAAGGAGAAAAAUACGCCAGUUGUAAAGAUCCAGGCCUGGUGGCGGGGGACACUGGUUCGUCGGACGCUGCUGCAUGCAGCCCUCAGGGCCUGGAUCAUCCAGGGCUGGUGGCGGCUGAUGCUAUCGAAGCUUAUGAACAAGAGGCGGCAGGAGAUCCUGGAGACAUUUUCACAGAAGGAGUGGGCAGUGGUCAGGCUGCAGUCCUGGGUCCGCAUGUGGCGUGUCCGCCGGCGUUACUGUCAGUUGCUCAGUGCUGUCCACAUCAUCCAGGCCUAUUGGAGGUGCCACAUCUGUGCUUCGAGGGGUGUCAUCAAGGGCCACUACCACAUCACAUCCAACCAGCUGCACCUCGAGCUGGAGGUCUUGCUAGGCUCAGGGCCUUUCAUUGUGACGGAGUGUAUCCCCCUCCCAAUAAAGCAGUGA